ACACGUACAUAAAUAUAUUUACCAUUUAACUCGAAAUGCGCCAUCACAUUGUUGACAUAAAUUGCAAUCCACGAUUAUUACUAUUUACGAAUAUAAUUAUUAUCUUGCAUUGUCUAGUCAUACGUUAUUAUUGUAUAACUAACGAUAUUAAUUAUUAAUUAUUAACCUGUAAUACCUAGUCGCAUUAUGUGUUGCAUAAACGAAGAAAGAAAGGUGAGAAAAACAACAACAACAACAACAACAACAAGCAAAGUAAAAACAACAGCAAAAAAUAACAUUAUGAACAAGAGUUAUGUGAAAAGAUAUUGAGCGCUAGGCGAUAGGACAAAUCGUGAGAUCGAGAGAGAUAUUGACGAGAUAUGAAAGAGAGAGUGAAUAAGUGCAGAAGAAAAACGACAGCAAUGACGAAGAGCGAAAUUGUGAGCGAUCAAAUGAAAACAUGAAAUAUAACCGCUAAACGCAACGUUGCAAAGCGAAUGAAAAGACUAGCGAAAGCGAGGUAGAACGAGAGAGUCGAUGGAAGAGCAUGAGAGAGAGAGAGAGAGAGAGAGAGAGACAGACAGAGAGAGAGAGAGAGAGAGACCCCCUCCUCCGUCCUCGAACCGUUAAUUGACAGGAAAGAUGGCGCAAGGUGCGGACGAGGAGUGUUGACCCAUUUUGUUGACCCCGGGGAGGUUUUCGUGAGAAAUCGAGCGGUUGGUUCUCGCUGAUAUAUACACCGCAAAGGGGAACCACCAUUCAAGAGAAAAAUUUAUUUAAAAAGAAAAAAAAAUCUCUUGACCUACAAGAAAAAGCUUUUUAAUAUAGCCCGUUAAAAAGAGGAAAUUGAAACGAACUUUCUCUUUCGUGAACGUUAAAGAGGCGGUCGUAGACGGCGGGUGGUACAAUCGCAAAACGUCAGGAGCGAGAGAGCGAAAGAGAAAGAUAGAGCGAGGGCGGGGGCCAGUAAGCGCGGCGCGAGGGGUCCGUGGGCAACGAAGAGGUUCGAGUAGUUUUUCGUAAAAUAGUGCUACAAAAGCCGCAGAAAUUCUGAAAAAAUUUGACAUCCGUGGAGCCUUGGCGGGCUCGAGCACGGCUGGAAAAAUGGGUAAUAACGCGGCAACAGCGAACAAAAAGGUCGACGCAGCCGAGAGCGUGAAAGAAUUUUUGGAACACGCGAAGGAGGAAUUCGAAGAGAAAUGGAAGAAGAAUCCGACGAAUACCGCCGGCUUGGACGAUUUCGAGCGUAUGAAAACCCUCGGUACUGGGUCAUUCGGUCGUGUUAUGAUAGUACAGCACAAACCAACUAAAGAAUAUUACGCAAUGAAGAUUCUAGACAAGCAAAAAGUGGUGAAACUCAAGCAGGUCGAGCACACGUUAAACGAGAAGAGAAUAUUGCAAGCUAUAAGCUUCCCGUUUCUCGUAUCGUUGCGCUUUCACUUCAAGGACAAUUCUAAUUUGUAUAUGGUACUCGAGUACGUACCGGGAGGCGAAAUGUUUAGUCAUUUGCGCAAAGUUGGACGUUUCUCCGAGCCACACUCGCGAUUUUACGCGGCACAGAUUGUACUAGCCUUCGAGUAUCUGCACUAUCUCGAUCUUAUUUAUCGUGAUUUAAAACCCGAAAAUCUUCUCGUCGAUUCCCAAGGUUACCUCAAGGUUACGGAUUUCGGUUUCGCCAAGAGGGUCAAGGGCAGAACGUGGACCCUUUGCGGCACACCCGAGUAUCUCGCUCCGGAGAUAAUACUCAGCAAAGGUUAUAACAAAGCCGUUGAUUGGUGGGCCCUCGGCGUAUUAGUUUACGAAAUGGCUGCCGGUUAUCCGCCCUUCUUCGCCGAUCAACCGAUACAGAUAUACGAGAAAAUAGUAGGCGGCAAAGUCCGCUUUCCAACGCACUUUGGCUCCGACCUCAAGGAUCUUUUGCGUAAUUUAUUGCAAGUCGAUCUUACGAAGAGAUACGGUAAUCUCAAGGCGGGCGUAAAUGACAUUAAAUUGCACAAAUGGUUCUCCAGUACCGACUGGAUCGCCGUUUUUCAGAAGAGAAUCGAGGCGCCCUUCAUACCGAAGUGUCGGGGUCCCGGUGACACGAGCAAUUUCGACGACUACGAGGAGGAAGCGCUCAGAAUCUCGUCCACGGAAAAAUGCGCCAAAGAGUUUGCCGAAUUUUGAAUUUUUUUCGUGCGUGCGCUUCCUCAUUUGCCUUCUCUCGAUAAAAAAGUCAACCGGUUCAAUCUAUUCGGACGCGAGGCCCCACGGCGAGGAAACAACGCGGGCGUACACUGGCGCAUGGGACUAAAAAAAUGAACGAGAACAGGACGACGAGCGAUCGAUGUCAAAACGAACAACUAAACAAACAAUUUUACGAGACGGAAUAUAUUGAGAGAAGAAAGUGAACCAAAUGUUUUCAUCGAAAUUACGAAAAUGAGAUCGAGUCCCGUGGUGAGACGCGGGAUGGCGGCGUCGUCGUUCCCGAAACGGUUUUUCCUCUUUUUUUCCUUCCUCGAGAAUAACAGUAAAAAAAGCCAGGAUUUUUCGUAUGGUUUAUCGAAAGGGCAAAUUCUCUUCUGCAUCGUAACAUGAAGUCGAUGUCGCUUUCUUAUUUACCCUCCAUCCUCCCCCCGACCCUUUCUCACCUUCUGCGAACGAAGCAACAACAAAAAUGGAGGAGCAAAAAAAAACGAGUCUCAUUCUCCGGGGCAAGAUGGCGCUCUUGCCCUGACAGUUUCUUCGAAAGCGGCCGCAAGGUGGCGCGUUUGCGCGAAGCGUCGUGUGUACUCGUGCCCGACAUUCGAACAUUUUCGCAUGUUAUCACUCGCCAUAAUUAUUGCAUCAAUGAUUAUUAUGAAAAAAUGGGGAGUGUAAACGAAAAUUCGAGUACCCCGUCAACAUCCGAGUCCGCGUAUUUAAACACCCAAAUAUAUACACGAAUACCUAUAAAUAACCAAUUCGGAGACGAUUGUUGAACAUGCACGACCUGUCAAAACGUUCGUUCGAUGAGCCGAACACUCUCGCUGUGGAUCCUCAUCCCUCCAAGUUAUAUCGAUGUUUUUUUUUAACGUUGCUCAUUCUCACGAACGCGAUACACCCAGGAUAAACAUAGGCACCAAGAAGAUCGUUUCUUCGAAUGCUAUGGAAGCGGAGGAGAAUGCAAAACAACAAUUCAACUACUCGCUGUUGUCACGGUCCCUUCGAGAAUAAAAAAAACUCAACAAAUUAAACGAAAAGAACCGCAGCCAUUUUGUUUUUCGUCCCUCGCUCUGUUCGGCGCGCGCCAGUGAGAGAAAACAAUGCGUAAGGAGAGAACCAUUGAGAAAAAACUUUAGACCAUUCGUGAACGUAUGACUGGCUUUUCGCGAUAGUUGUGUUGACGUUUUGUUUUGUUUUUGUUUUUUUUUUUUUUCAAAUUUUCAAUUAAUUUUAUUAACGUUCCUCGGAAAUGAGACUUGUGUGAGUUUAUAAACGGAUUGAAGUUCAGUGCGCCGAAUUUUUACGAGUACUACCCGCCGCUUAUUUUUAUUAUUUUUACUCGGUUUCAAGUAAGGCAAAGUGCAAUUUUGGAAAGAGAAGAAACAAACCUCAAGGUCGCAGUCUCUUCGCGAAGAACGCGAGUGCUCGGGCUUGAACGACGAGCGUACGCCAAAACUAAGUAAAACCUGGAACAACGCGUUUCGCUUCUUUUUUUCAUCUUUUUAUUUCAUCGUCAUUUUCGAGAAGAUUCGUCGUCGCAGUUUGUCCACGCUCUCGCCAGGCGUCAGCACCGUCGUUCGCAACGAGGCCGAGCACAGAGAAGAGAACAAAGCAAGAAACGAGUAAACACAUCUAUCGAGAAUCCCGUUCAACUCGAGGUGAAAUUUUGUCAAUUCGAUUCAUCCGGUUUACACACA